AAAAAGCUUUUGUUCAUUGCUAAUUCUAGAACGAUAUCGGAGCGUACACACUCAUGUUACGUCAAAGUAUACUAGCUAAAAAUUUCAUAUCACUUUCAUAAAAGAUUAUUGAAUGAAAGAGCGUACACGUAUUUAUUUGUAGAGAGCAUUGUAAAGUGUACUUAAAGUUUCUUAAAUAUUUAGACUUCUAUAAAACUGCAUUUUUAUAUCAAUUUGUCUUUCAUUAUAAACAUAGAUUUGUAAUAAUCUAAAACAUAAUUUCGGAAUAAUAAUUUUAUAUAAAGAAUUUUUAACUGGUGUAAAUUUGUAACAAAAAAAUUAAAAUAUUCGAAAUAAUGGAAGGCAAUAAAAAUAUUUUUAAUAGUGAUUGUGACUCUGAAGAUGUGCCCAAGUGGAUAAACAAGGAUUAUCUUGAGAGAGUGUUGAAAAAUUAUUUUAAAGAUAAUUCAUUAAAAAUUUUAGAUUUUUAUACAAAAUUGGCAACAAAAAAAGGUGAAAACUAUGCAAGUUUAGUAAUUCGUGUUGUUAUUGAAUAUGAAAAUAAAAAUUUAAAAUAUAAUAUUGGAAAAUAUAUAAUAAAGUUAUCAGUUGAAGGUGAUCCAAUAAUGGCAAGAGUAAUUAAAGAAUAUCGAGCUUUUGAAGAUGAAAUGUUAUUGUAUAGUGAAGCAUUCCCAAAAAUUCUAGAUUUGAUAAAUACAAAAAGUGAUCUAAAAGAUUUGGCUCUGUUCCCAAAACCAAUUUAUUGUGAUUUUGAACAUAAUGCUAUAAUUUUGGAGGAUCUUUUACAAAGGGAUUAUAAAAGUGCAGAUCGUGUAAAAGGUUUAGAUGAACAGCAUGCUAAAUUAGCUUUAAAAAAAUUAGCUGUAUUUCAUGCAUGCUCUGUUAUACUUGAUCAACAAGAUCCUGGAUGUUUUAAGAAAUUUGAUCAUGGUGUUUAUAAUCGUUAUUCAGAUGGUAUAAGUGAAUUCUUUUGUAAAACAAUGUAUAAAGUAUGUAAUGUCAUACAAAAUUUCGGUGGUGAAUUCAUAAAUUAUUCGAAGAAAAUAAGGAAUUUAAUUCCACAUUGGGUUGAAAAAGAACGUCAAUGUUAUGAUCCAAAACCAAAUCAAUUGAAUGUAUUGGCGCAUGGUGAUUUUUGGUCUACAAAUAUUAUGUUCAAAUAUGAUGAAUCUGGACGACCAAUAGAUGCAAUUUUAAUUGAUUUUCAAUUUACUGUUUGGGCUUCACCUGCUAUAGAUUUACAUUUUUUUGUUAAUACUUCUUUAGCUGGUGUACCUAAUAUUGAAGAAAUGGAAAAUUACGUUAGAUUCUAUUAUAAAGAGUUUUUGGAAACUUUGAAAUUAUUUGAUUUUGAAACAAAAUUAAAAAUCCCAAAUUCGGAAGAAUUUGUUUGUGAUUUUUGGGAAAAUGGUUUUAAUGCCCUUCAGAAUUCAUUUCUUGAUAAGUCUAUAUCUUUUAUGGAGGAUGAUAGUGCUGCAUGUCCCGAAGCUAUAUUUAAUGAAGGUGAAAAAAGGGAACGUUUUCAAUUAGCGAUGAUAAGCAAUAAACGAAUUCAAGAACAUUGGAAAAUUUUAAUACCAAUUUUUGAUAAAAAAGGUCUGCUUGAUUUAUAAUGAUAAAAAAUUAAUAUUAAUAUACGCAUAAUAAAAAUGUUAUAAUAAUAGA